AAAUGAUACAAAGACGUAUAGCACUUCAAGAAGUCAUCAAGACAUCAUGAAGUUCCUACAAGUAGCUCUGUUUUGCGCACUCGCCGUGGCGGCGACUGCUCAUAUUAUACAUCUACACCACCCACACCACCAUAAGGAUAUCAAGGUCAACUUGAUCACAAAAAUCGGAUUGCAGUCCUGCAGUACCGACUCUGAUUGUGGAGAACUGUGCCAUUGUAUCAACCAAGAGUGCCAAUGUUUUGUUGGUGGAGAGCACGAUCUGACGCAAGAUGUGAAACAAGAUAACCAACAUCUGCACCAAGAUGUGAAGCAAGAUAACCAACAUCUGCACCAAGACGUGUCGCAAGAUAACCAACACCUGCACCAAGACGUAUCACAAGAUAACAAAAGUGUGAAGCAAGACAACAAGAGUCUGAAUCAAGACAACAAGAGUCUGAAUCAAGACAACAAGAGUCUGAAUCAAGAAACGCCACCACCAGAUCAAACGAAACGUAGCAAGCGAUCUGUGAGUCAAAACGACAAAAACUUGAAACAAGAUAACCAACAUCUGAAGCAAGAUGUGUCUCAAGAUAACAAAAGUGUGAAGCAAGAUGUGACACAAGAUAACAAAAGCCUGAAACAAGACAACAAGAGCCUGAAACAAGACAACAAGAGCCUGAAACAAGACAACAAGAGCCUGAAACAAGACAACAAGAGCCUGAAACAAGACAACAAGAGCUUUAAACAAGACAACAAGAGUCUUAAACAAGACAACAAGAGUCUGAAUCAAAAGGAACCACCAGAAGUACAAAAGAAACAUAGCAAGCGAUCUGUGAAUCAAAACGACAAAGAUAUCAAGCAAGAUAUCAAGCAAGACGUAUCACAAGAUAACAAAAGCGUGAAGCAAGACAACAAGAGUCUGAAUCAAGAAGUACCACCACCAGAUCAAAAGACACGUAGCAAGCGAUCUGUGAGUCAAAACGACAAAGACUUGUCACAAGAUAACCAACAUCUGAACCAAGAUGUGUCUCAAGAUAACAAAAGUGUGAAACAAGACAACAAAAGUGUGAAGCAAGACAACAAAAGUGUGAAGCAAGACAACAAGAGUCUGAAUCAAGAAGUGCCACCACCAGAUCAAAAGACACGUAGCAAGCGAUCUGUGAGUCAAAACGACAAAGACUUGUCACAAGAUAACCAACACCUGAACCAAGAUGUGUCUCAAGAUAACAAAAGUGUGAAACAAGACAACAAAAGUGUGAAGCAAGACAACAAGAGCCUGAAUCAAGAUAACAAGAGCCUGAAUCAAGACAACAAGAGUCUGAAUCAAGACAACAAGAGUCUGAAACAAGACAACAAGAGUCUCAAUCAAGACAAUAAGAGUCUGAAUCAAGAUGUGUCACAGGAUAACAAAAGUGUGAAGCAAGACAACAAGACGCGUUAAUAACAAGAUAGUUCAUGACAAGUACAAGAUGACAAAAAAAUGACACUGUUCAAUAUUACUGCGUGAAAUAACAUUCAAUUAAAUGGUUUCCUUUAAA